AUGGAUUCUUUUGUGAUAGUGUUCAUUGAUGACAUUCUGGUUUACUCACGGAGUAGGAAGGAUUACGAGAAACACUUGAGGAUUGUCCUUGGGUUACUGAGAGAUAGGAAGUUGUAUGCAAAGUUUUCCAAGUGUGAGUUUUGGCUUGAGCCUGUAUCUUUCUUGGGUCAUGUGGUUUCGAAGGAGGGAAUUAUGGUGGAUCCUAAGAAGAUUGAGGAAGUGACAGAUUGGGCUAGGCCCACUUCAGUGAAUGAGAUUCGCAGCUUCAUAGGGUUGGCUAUUUACUACCGUCGGUUCUUGAAGGGGUUUGCUUCUAUAGCAUCGCAUUUGACUCGUUUGACUCAGAAAGAAGUACCUUUUCAGUUGUCUGACGAGUGUGAGGAGAGCUUUCAAAAGCUCAAGAAUUUAUUGACUACAACUCUUAUUCUAGCAUUGCCCGUGGAGGCAAGGACUUUGCGGUUUAUUGUAAUGCUUCUCGUUCUGGAUUGGGUGCUGUGUUGUUAUAGGAAAAGAAAGUUAUUACCUAUGCUUCCAGACAACUGA